AUGCGUGUGGAGACCUGCCAUUUCUGUUCUCGCCCCGCCUUCCCGGGUAAGGGCAUCACAUUCGUCCGCAAUGACGCCCGACAAUUCCGCUUCUGUCGGUCAAAGUGCCACAAGAACUUCAAGAUGAAGCGUCAGCCCCGCAAGUUGAAGUGGACCAAGUCUCACCGUGCCUCGCACGGCAAGGAGAUGAUCGUCGACUCGUCCCUGGUGCUUUCCCAGUUCGCCAAGAAGCGCAACGUCCCCGUCAAGUACGACCGCAACCUCGUUGCCGCCACCGUCCAGGCCAUGCAGCGUGUGGAGGAGAUUCGCCAGCGCCGCGAGCGUGUCUUCACCAAGCGUCGUCUCGCCGGAAAGUUGGCUCGCGACCGUCAACGCGAGGCAGACCGCAAGGUCGUCGCUACCGGAGAGCACCUUAUCCGCAAGGAGCUGCGCGAGCGCCAGGAGGGUGUCCCCAUGGUUGCCGAGAACAGCAAGACUGCCGACCGGGUUUACGGAGAGGAUCACUUCGUUCGCUCGCAGAAGCAGAAGAAGAAGACUCGUCUUUUGGUGGAUGGUGGUGCCGAGGAGGAGAUGCAAUUGGAUUAA